AUGAUAUUUCUUGGACCCGUUUUUGCCUUUUGGCAACUCACUAGUAAGAAAAAAUUGGCGAAAAAAUUAGGGCCAAAACAUCGAUUUCCUCUACUGAAGCUUCCCAGAGUAGUACUACUGGAAUGCAUCGAAAAUUUGGAUGUUUUAGAAAUAGCCAGCUUCUCUCUUCUCUCGAAACGUGCCGAAUCAAUUGCUAAACUCAUCGCUAAAAGUAUUCCUCGGAAUCUUCUGGAUAUCCGUUUGAGAUUUGGAGGAGACCCGAAAAUUUUCUUGAGACUUCCCACUGAUCCAAGGCGCGUAUAUGUCAUCGAUUAUAAUAAAGGUAAGGAAUCAUCGGAGUAUCCAUAUGUUCAAUCCAGCCGGAUUGGACCAAAAGUCUAUAACUUUUUGUUCCUGGAGGAUAAUGGAAACGCUAUUGAAAAAAUAAAACAGAUGGCUGAGCAUAUCUGUCAACUGUUUCGUUCACAAAUUACUGGGAUUACCAUCGCUGAUGAAUCACUUAUCGAAUGGAUUAUCAAUCUUCAAUCAACGAUUCGAUAUAUUUGGAUUGAUGAUGAUGUUGUUAAUUCUGUUGAAACUUUGGAUCGUAUUUUUCAAAAUCUUAAACUCACAAGGCAUUUUCGAUUGAAAUCUAUUGACAAGAAAAUAAAAGUAACGAAACCAAUCCCAUGUCCCUCGAUUUCCAUUCACAAUUCCUAUUGGUUCACUUUACCAUCUGUUCUCAAUGGGACCAAUUCUAUCAUUCGCUUAUAUGGUUCAAAACUGACACCAAUGGACAUCAACACAAUAUUGAAGGAAUGGCAGAUGGGGACCAAACUUCAGAAUUUGGAGUAUCUGGAAAUUGAAACCUCCACACUCAUAGAUCAUUUUGAAUCUGCUCGUGAGAUGUUGGAAGAUUUAGAUCUGACUGUAAGUGUUGGAAACGAUGGAAUACCUCAGACAAUAAAAAUCGAUGAUGAGUGGAUACUUCCUCUACCACAGGAAGACGCCAGAUACGAUCUGAUCAGAAACGAUGGGAUGAUUGGAUCUUUUUUCGUAAACUUGCAAAGAUAUCGACAUUUGAAAGUCACAUUCAUUAGUUUCCGUUUUCAAGUCUGGCGUAGAAGCAGGCCUCGCCAAGACAACAACAACUUCAACUUGAUGCACUUUUAA